CAGACUGGAAGGAGGAGCUUGUGAUGGUCAAACUUUCGUAUCUCAUUGCAAGCUAGCGCCAAAGUUUGAAACUUCAGAACGUCACAGUUCAGGCUCAUAGUAGAGGGGAGACAGUAGCAGAGGAAGACAAUGGCUCUAGCUUCAACAUUUUACCCAAACACUAUUCAUACGCAUAAUAACAACACUCUCUUAUUGCGUACCACACGCUAUUAUGGUUCGGCCUCGAAUUCGAUCUUGUUUGGCUCAGAACUUCUCCCAAGAUCCUUUUUCUUGUCCGCGGCAAAACCACGCACCAAUCGAUUAUCUGAAAUCAGACCCAUCUCUGCAUCUCACGAAACUUUUGAUGUUGUGGUAAUCGGAGCUGGAAUCAUCGGGUUGACUAUCGCCCGCCAGUUGCUGAUCGAGUCGGACCUAUCGGUCGCCGUAGUUGAUAAGGCCGUUCCUUGUUCCGGUGCAACUGGCGCAGGGCAGGGAUAUCUGUGGAUGGUGCCCAAAACACCAGGGAGUGGAAAGUGGGAUCUUGCACUGAGAAGCUGCAGACUGUGGAAUGUGUUGGCAGAAAGCCUACAGAAGCAAGGCUUGAAUCCUUUGGAGGAAUUAGGUUGGAAAAAGACUGGAAGCCUCUUAGUUGGCAGAACUCAGGCAGAGUCAGAUAUGGUGAAAAAGAGGGUUAAACAGCUCACUGAGGCUGGAUUGAAAGCAGAGUAUUUGUGUAGCAGUGAUCUAUUCAACAGGGAACCUGCUCUGUUGGUGGAUGAAGACAGUGCAGCCGCCUUUCUACCUGAUGACUGUCAAUUGGAUGCUCAUCGUACUGUUGCAUAUAUUGAGAAGGCUAACAAGCAUUUUGCAUUAAAAGGACGAUAUGCAGAGUUCUACAAUGAGCCUGUGAAAUGCUUAAUCAGAGGGGCCAGCAAAGGAGAGGUGGAAGCUGUCGAGACUAUCAAAAGGACAUUGUAUAGCAAGAAGGCUAUUAUAGUUGCGACUGGAUGUUGGACUGGUUCUGUGAUGCAUGAUUUGGUUAGAAACUGGGGAAUGCAGUUAAAUAUUCCUGUAAGGCCCAGAAAGGGUCACUUGCUUGUGCUAGAGAAUUUCCAUUCCCUACAAUUGAAUCAUGGUCUGAUGGAGGCAGGUUACGUUGAUCAUCAAACUGCAUCUUCACCACCUAUGGUUUCAGGGUUGGAAGGAUAUGAUCAUGGGCGAACCUUAUCUGUUUCAAUGACGGCAACUGUUGAUGCAAUGGGGAAUGUUCUUUUGGGAAGUAGCCGAGAAUUUGUUGGGUUCAGCACUGAUUUGGAUGAGUCCAUUGUCAAUCACAUAUGGAAACGAGCUGGAGAUUUCUUUCCCACAUUAAAAACACUUUCCCUUUCAGAUCUCAGUGCAAGUAGAAAUGUCAGAGUUGGAUUACGACCCUACAUGCCUGACGGGAAGCCAGUGAUUGGGCCUGUGCCUGGCUUGUCUAACUUGUUCCUUGCUGCUGGGCAUGAAGGGGAAGGGCUUUCGAUGGCCUUAGGGACUGCUGAAAUGGUCACUGAUAUGGUGUUGGGUCGUCCUACAAAAGUUGAUGAUGGACCUUUUUGUGUGCAUCGGUGCUGUUGAUGAAAUGCAUGCUGCUAAGAAGAAUUGUUAUUCUUGCAUUUGAAAAAGAUCUUGGUUAUGCUUUAGCAUCAUCAAGACAUGGGGUCAUCUUGUAACUUCCUGAAAUGACUGAUUUUUAGGUAUGAUGAUAUUAUGUUGUAAUAAAUAAAAGAAGUUAGUUGGAGGUCAGAGGGGUUAAUUAGGAGAGAUGACCGUUUGUAGCUAAUGGCUAUAAAUAAGUGGCCUAGGGACUAGCUGUAAUCGGGCUUUUGGUUCAUGGAAAUGUGAUUCCCCUGCUUCUCUUUCUCUGAUCUCA